CUGCUGCUCUGCCUGGGUUUCCAUCUUCUACAAGCAGUUCUCAGUACAACUGUGAUUCCUUCCUGUAUCCCAGAAGAAUCUGAAGAUAACUGCACAGCUUUAGUUCAGACAGAAAACAGUCCACGUGUGGCUCAAGUGUCAAUAACAAAGUGCAGCUCUGACAUGAAUGGCUACUGUUUGCACGGACAGUGCAUCUUCCUGGUGGACAUGAAUGAAAAUUAUUGCAGGUGUGAAGUGGGUUACACUGGUGUCCGAUGUGAGCACUUCUUUUUAACUGUCCAGCAACCCUUGAGCAAAGAAUAUGUGGCUCUGACCGUGAUUCUUGUUAUCUUGUUUGUUGUCAUCGUCGCUGGUUCCCUAUACUAUUUCUGCAGAUGGUACAGAUAUCAAAAGAGGAAAGAACCAAAGAAGGAAUAUGAAAGGGUGACCUCAGGGGAUCCAGUGUUGCCACAAGUCUGAAUGGUGCCAUUGAGCUCGUGGACAGGGAUGCACAGCAUGCCUCUUAUGUUAAUAUUCCUAUUUUAUUAAUAAUAUUUAUGUUGGGUAAUGUGUUAAGACAACAUGGUGUGCUUUUAAUAUACUUGGAAAAUUUUUAUUUUUGUUUUAUUUUUGACAGACUAUUUGUUAAUGUAUAAUGUACACAAAAUAUUUAAUAUAGAAAGAAAACCGAUAUUUUUGUAAGAAAUCAUUUCCUGGGCUAAAUGCUUGAGUGAAAGCUUCAAAGCUUGUUUGUUUGCUGCACAACGCCUAAGAGUGAGCAAUGCCUGUUUCGUUGGUCAGGAGGUGUCAG